AUGAAUGAAGUAACUUUGUAUGUGGAAAAUGUUGACAAACAUACUCUGAUCGUAUCAGUGUAUGUAGAUGAUUUAUUGAUUGCAGGAGACAAGGAGCAGCUGGUAGAGGAGUUUAAAACCAACAUGAAGGAUAAGUUUGAGAUGAAUGAACUUGGCUUGCUGUCAUACUUCUUAGGCAUGGAAGUAACUCAGUCGGAGCAAGGUUGUUUCCUAUGUCAAAAGAGGUUUACAAUGAAGCUACAAAACAAAUUUGUAAUGGAAAAUUGUAAACCAGUCAGUACACCUACGGUACUAAGACAAAAGCUAAUGAAGGAGGAUGGAGCUCCUAAAACUGAUGGAAAAGCCUACAGAAGUUUAGUUGGUAGCUUGUUGUAUUUAACUGCUACACGUCCAGACAUUGUUUUUACUGUCAAUUACCUCUCUAGGUUCAUGCAAAGUCCAAGUCAAAUCCAUUUUGUUGCAGCCAAGAGAGUUCUGAGAUAUCUGAAAGGGACCUUAGAGUUUGGCAUGCAUUUUGUGAAAUCAAGUUCUGUUAAACUUGUUGGUUUUUCUGAUAGUGAUUGGGCUGGAAGUGAUGAAGAAAUGAUGAGCACCUCAGGUUAUUGCUUUGCUAUUGGAGGAAGCAUUUUCUGUUGGAACUCAAAGAAGCAAUCAGUGGUUGCACAUUCCACUGCAGAGGCAGAAUACAUAGCAGCAUAUAUGGCAGCAAAGCAAUUGAUAUGGCUAAGGAAAAUGACCAAGCAUAUGAAGAUCAAGUUCCAUGCUAUCAGGCAAUUCCAGCAAGAAGGGGAACUAGAGAUGAUAUACUGCACUUCAAAAGAGCAAUUAGCAGACCUGUUCACCAAGCCUUUAGCUAAAGAUAGAUUUGAAGAUCUAAGGGAGAUGAUAGGAAUGUGUAGCUUUGGAACCAAGGAGGAGUGUUGA